GAGGGAAACUUCGCUAGAUAUUUGCUUUGAGUUUAACUCGAAUUUUCAAUUAUAAGGCGUUGGUUUUAGAGAUCAGCACCCGUCUUCACGGAUCAGAGGUUUCUGUACAGUUUAGUGGCCCACAAGUCAUGUCUGGUAUAGCGUUAAGUCGUCUCGCACAAGAACGAAAGGCUUGGCGGAAAGACCAUCCUUUUGGUUUUGUAGCUGUACCAACAAAAAACCCAGAUGGAACUAUGAACUUGAUGAAUUGGGAGUGUGCCAUUCCUGGAAAAAAGGGGACGCCGUGGGAGGGAGGCUUGUUCAAACUUCGGAUGCUCUUCAAGGACGACUAUCCUUCCUCUCCGCCAAAGUGUAAAUUUGAGCCUCCUUUGUUCCACCCAAAUGUAUAUCCGUCUGGUACUGUAUGCCUGUCUAUUUUAGAGGAAGACAAAGACUGGAGGCCUGCCAUUACAAUCAAGCAGAUCUUGCUAGGAAUUCAAGAACUCCUUAACGAACCAAAUAUCCAGGACCCCGCACAGGCCGAGGCGUACACAAUUUACUGCCAAAACAGAGUGGAAUAUGAAAAAAGGGUCAGAGCACAAGCCAAAAAGUUCUCGCCGUAAACAUCAAGAUUUUCCGCUGUAAUGGGAAUGGGUUUUGACCAGGUCUCCUCACCCCCGUUACUUCCUCUUUACAAAUCAUAGUCACUUCAUACUAAUUUCCUGCUGGGCUCAAAGAAAUGAAUGUUGUGCCAUUGUUGAUCCACUGAUUCUCAUCCUAACGAACUCUCUUUGGAGUUUUAAAUUUGGCCUUUUGUAGAAUUUGCUGUGUAAAUCCACAGCAACUGAGCAUUACGCUAGACCGUGGGAGGGUUUUUUUUUAGCGGGGGGGUACUUGGUAAAAGUGCUUAACAAAAAGGCACAAUUAACGACAUCCACAUACAGAAGUUAUAUUCCACAGACAAAGAGGUAUGAGCCUAAAACUGCUUACAUUUCACUUGAUCUUUGUUUGUUUUUUUCUUUCAAACUGGCCUCCUUAGUCUCUUUAAUGGUUUUAAUGGUUUAAAACUUGCUAUUAUUGUCAGUAUUUCCACUGCUGUAAAAUGAUACUUUUAUACUUUCUUUACUUUAAAUUAGUGUCUUUAGAAAGAUUUCCAUUCCUGAUGCAGGCACUGUACUAAGCAUGUACCAUUCAGUAUGCUAGCGUUGUGCUGCCUCGGUCGUCUGUGUACCGCAAAAAAUGACUUUAGUAAAAAGGCCUCUGAAUCAAAUGGAUGGCAAAUUAGUUAAGCGCUGCAUCAGUCUCUUUGUGUUUAUAUGGUGUUUUGUUCAUGUAAGUGUAUAGAGUAAAUAAAAAUGUUUAUACAAAGCCA